GGGCGGGGGAGGGGCUCCCCCCUGCAGAGGCUGCGUCGAGCAAGGCGAUGACCAGGACCUUAGAGGAGUAGGGAGAGAAGCCAAGAAUUGAGUUUUCUCCUGACUUCAUUGUGCUGAGUUGGGUGAAGAGACCAUGGCAAUGUUGAUAUUUCUACAGAUGGGGAAAAGCAACUUCAUUUUUCCACUAAUGAAGGCAGAGUAUAGUAAUGGAUGGAUUGGAUAAGUGAUGUCUACCUUGAGAAGCCUAUAGAAAAAGAUGCAGCGAGAAAGAAAUCACCAGAUGCCAGAACCUUGUUUGGGUGCUUUCCAGCUUUCAGAAAUGAUAUGGGCUGUUUUUGAUAUCUGUGCCUCAGCAAGAGUGGAUAAAAGCCAUGUUGAAAUGGAUAAACCACACAAGUAAGAGCUAUAGAUGUGGACUACAGGCCACUGAAGAAGAACUGAGCUUGCUGAGGAUCUAUACUAUACUUUGGAAAUAUCUGAGAUGUUAAGAGCAAGACCAAGGCCUGCAUAUCCCUAAGAAAGAGUAAUGCCCUCCCACCUUGAGCCACAUUUCCUGAUUCUCCUACCUUUUGCCUCAGGAGCAAUGCAGUAGUUGACAACAUACUGACAGAAAGGGACUGGUAACAUCUGAACAUACCAAACCAAACAGGCAAACUUUUGCACCAUUGCAACCACAUUUUACCACAGAGGAAUGCCACUGUACAUGGAUUCCAGGCAGGCUAAAAAGAAAAAGAGUUGAUUAGACCUCAGACUAUCCACUGAACGGGAUGACGGCCACAGCUGCAGUGGAGACACCAAAAAUGGAGAAGAGUGCCUCCAAGGAAGAGAAGCAGCAUCCAAAGCAGGACAGUACCGAGCAGGGCAAUAAUGAUUCUGAAGAGUGGAUGAGCUCUGAGAGUGACCCUGAACAGUUGAGCCUUAAGAGCAGCAACAACAGCAGCUGCCAACCUGGAGAUGGUCAGCUGAAGAGAAAGGAGAUGCCCUCCAAGCCACACCGCCAGCUCUGUCGAUCACCCUGCCUGGAUCGUCCAAGCUUCUCCCAGAGCAGCAUUUUACAGGACGGUAAGCUCGACAUAGAGAAGGAAUAUCAAGCCAAGAUGGACUUUGCUCUAAAGCUGGGCUAUGCUGAGGAACAGAUUCAAUCAGUACUGAAUAAACUGGGUCCAGAAUCACUUAUAAAUGAUGUAUUGGCAGAGCUUGUCAGACUUGGGAACAAAGGUGACUCAGAAGGGCAGGUCAACUUGAGUCUGUUAGUGCCCCGUGGGCCUGGCUCCAGAGAGAUUGCAAGCCCUGAAUUGUCUCUUGAAGAUGAAAUAGACAAUAGUGACAAUUUGAGGCCAAUUGUCAUUGAUGGAAGUAAUGUGGCUAUGAGUCAUGGGAAUAAAGAAGAGUUCUCCUGUAGAGGAAUACAACUUGCUGUGGAUUGGUUUCUAGAUAAAGGCCACAAGGAUAUCACUGUAUUUGUGCCUGCUUGGAGAAAGGAGCAAUCCCGCCCUGAUGCACCAAUUACAGAUCAAGAUAUUCUACGUAAACUGGAGAAGGAAAAGAUUCUUGUCUUCACACCAUCCCGAAGGGUCCAGGGCAGAAGGGUUGUCUGCUAUGAUGACCGGUUCAUAGUCAAAUUGGCUUUUGAUUCUGACGGCAUCAUUGUAUCCAAUGAUAACUACAGAGACCUUCAAGUUGAAAAGCCAGAAUGGAAGAAGUUUAUAGAGGAGCGGUUGCUGAUGUAUUCUUUUGUGAAUGACAAAUUUAUGCCUCCAGAUGAUCCUUUAGGACGUCAUGGACCAAGCCUUGAAAAUUUCUUAAGAAAGAGACCUGUCGUUCCCGAGCAUAAGAAGCAACCAUGUCCUUAUGGCAAAAAAUGCACCUACGGCCACAAGUGCAAAUACUACCAUCCGGAGCGGGCCAACCAACCCCAGCGUUCGGUGGCUGAUGAGCUCCGCAUCAGUGCCAAACUAUCCACAGUGAAAACCAUGAGCGAAGGCACCCUAGCCAAGUGUGGUACAGGGAUGUCUAGCGCCAAAGGUGAGAUAACCUCAGAGGUCAAACGUGUGGCCCCCAAGCGCCAAUCAGAUCCCAGCAUCCGGUCUGUGGCUGUGGAGCCUGAGGAAUGGCUGUCCAUUGCCCGUAAGCCUGAGGCCAGCUCUGUCCCCUCACUUGUGACCGCCCUAAGUGUUCCCACAAUCCCACCCCCCAAAAGCCAUGCAGUGGGUGCACUCAACACCCGUUCGGCCAGCAGCCCAGUGCCAGGAUCCUCUCAUUUCCCCCACCAGAAGGCCUCAUUGGAGCACAUGGCCAGCAUGCAGUACCCCCCUAUCCUGGUUACCAACAGCCAUGGGACCCCUAUUAACUAUGCUGAGCAAUACCCAAAGUUUGAGUCCAUGGGGGACCAUGGCUACUAUUCGAUGUUAGGCGACUUCUCCAAACUGAACAUCAACAGCAUGCACAAUCGAGAGUACUACAUGGCUGAAGCAGACCGGGGGAUGUAUGCUCGGAAUCCCAAUCUCUGUCCUGACAGCCGCAUGAGCCAUACCAGGAACGACAACUAUUCCUCUUACAACAACCUGUACUUGGCUGUAGCUGAUGCCCAUCCUGAAGGCAGUUUGAAGCUGCACCGCUCAGCAUCUCAGAACCGUCUUCAGCCUUUUUCUCAUGGUUACCAUGAAGCCUUAACGAGAGUGCAGAGCUAUGGCCCAGAGGAUUCCAAGCAAGCCCCCCACAAGCAAUCAGUUCCCCACUUAGCUCUGCAUGCCCAGCUCCCAGCACCUGGAGCACGAUCCAGCUGUCCUGGAGACUAUCCCAUGCCUCCCAAUAUCCAUCCUGGGGCAACUUCACAGUCAGGCCGUGCCCUGGUGAUGACACGGAUGGACAGCAUUUCUGAUUCUCGCCUCUAUGAGAGCAACCCCAUGAGGCAAAGACGACCUCCUCUGUGCCGUGAACAGCAUGCCAGCUGGGACCCGCUGCCCUGUGCAACUGACUCCUAUGGCUAUCACUCCUAUCCCUUAAGUAACAGCCUCAUGCAACCAUGUUAUGAGCCAGUCAUGGUACGGAGCGUGCCUGAAAAGAUGGAGCAGCUUUGGAGGAAUCCUUGGGUUGGAAUGUGCAAUGAUUCCAGGGAGCAUAUGAUCCCAGAGCACCAAUUUCAGACCUACAAAAACCUCUGCAAUAUUUUCCCUUCUAACAUCGUUCUUGCAGUGAUGGAGAAGAAUCCCCAUACAGCAGAUGCCCAGCAACUGGCAGCCUUGAUUGUUGCCAAGCUUAGGGCUGCACGUUGACAUGACAAAGGACUUGUUCCUUUAUACACAUAUGAAUAUUAAUGCUAAUAAUACACUAAUACUAUAAUCAUAGUAACUAAUAAUUUGCAUUGCGCUUUAAAAGUUAGGAGUGUUUACAUCAUCUAAGCGCAUAACGACCCUGUGAGUUAGGUUUUACUAUAGAGAAGGCAGCUGAAACUCAGUGAGAUUAAGUGACCUACCAAGGUCAUGCUGCUAGCAAAUGACCAAGUCAAGACACACACCCAAGUCCUUUGACUCCAAGUCCCCUGUCCUUUGCACUGCACCAUGCAGGUAAUGGAGGACAAAACCCAAGGGGAGAGGCCUAAAUGCAAGAAGCCCCAAGGGAUUCCAUUACCAGUGUUUUCAAAGUACGGAUAAUAUAUCCAAUUUGAAGAGCAAAAGCAUCAGGAUCAGAUCAUAUGUUGAAUUAACCUUUUAUGUUUUUUAAAUAGAAACAUUUAAAGAUAUUUAAAAGUAAACACAUACUUUAUUGCAUGGAUAUUUGCUCAUUCACUCUUUAUUAAUGAAAUUAAAAGGUCACAUUGAAUCUUCUAGAGCUAUAUUUAAAGCGUACUAUUAGCAAUUAUAUUGCAUGUAUGAAUGUAUAUAUUUGAUUUUUGAUGUGUGUAUGUGUGUAUCUCUGGUAUAAAUUUUUAUAUAGUGAUGAGAAGGUAGACUGUACAUAGUCCUUAGUCUACAGCUGUAUAGAUCAUGAAUCUGACUUGAUGAUUUUGUCAUGUUUCAUAGUUUAAACUAGAUUGAAAAGUAAAAUUAAAUGCCAAUAUUUGAACAUUGCUUUCUUAGGCACCAGAGUGAACCAGCUAUAUUUCCUUUGCACUUUUUACUUGCCAAUGUUUAUUAACAAUUCUUAACUUCCAAGUCUCUUCGCCUCAACAAAUUAGGGGACAGGUUGCAGCCUUCUGCAGAAGAGAUAUUGGAUAAGCUCAUGUUCCACACAUAGUAUAUGUGUACUACACAAGCGCAGAAGAGUCUGACCAGAACUAAGGGACUUACUUCCAGAGUCCACUCCCCUUAUCCCAGGAGAGAUGGCCAAACCCAUGUGGCAUUAAACGAUGAAUACAAAAGCUUCACACAAGGAGGGACUAAUGGAUGCUUUUUGGACUUCUGACCUAUGCAGUAUUCAACAUCACAGGAUAAAAUGUAAUGGAAGACAGUGCAUAGCCAUGUAAUCCACUUUCUCCUGCUGUUCACCCUUUGGGCAAUAAGGUCAAUCAUUGGUGGAGCAGAAUUUCUUUAGGAAACAAACCAGGGGAUUUUCUAAGUGGAAAAAGACAGCUUUUAAAGGGGAUGCUGCAUUUUUGCUAAUUGCUGGCUCAGUUAUGCACUUCAAAUCCAUGCAAAGAGGGUGCACUUGCCAUUAGAUAAUUCUUAGAUGCAUCACUAAAGAAGAUGACUUUGGGGUUGGGUGGCACCAUUUGCGCAAUUUGUAUCUUGCUCAGGGUGGGAACCUUUGUAGCUAAAUGCCUCUAGAAGAGGUGUUUAUUGGUUUUUUUUAAGCUGCACUAAAUGAACCCCCUUUUUGAAUCCACUGUAUAUUUUAACAUUUUGAACCAUGACCAGCUCACUAUUUCUUGAGCUGGAAAUUGCUAACUUCUAUGGUCGUUUUUUCAUGAAAGUUGAGAAGGCCUGGCCUUGGCCUUUUGUUUCUUCAUGAGAAGGUGUGACACUGCCUAUAAAUGUUUCUUACUGUGAAACACUCCGAAUGUGAGGCUGUAGUCAGGGUUGUUUCUGGUAGUUUGACAAUGGCUUGCAUGCUGCUUUCUGUCUCUGUCCAAGUUGAUCAACACUGCAUCUUAACCAAUGCUUUAUUCACUUAACCACAGCUUCACAUUCAUCUCUUACCCUCUAAUCUUCCCAUCCCCCAGCAUACUGAUUAAAUGUAAAAGUAUUUUUCAAUCAGAUAGGUCCCCAGAGAGUGACAGUUGCCACUGCAGACCUUGCUAUUUCAUACACCACCACUUCAUACCUUCAACUUCUUGGACCUUCUAAAUCUACCCCAUGUCUAAAUCAGGGUAUUUGACAAUCUCAGAUUAUCGCAAUGCCUUUGUGCUAGUUCAUCUUCCUACCAAAAAUCAUCAAUGGCACUGCAGUAUCCACUAGCUGCACAAUUGACAGGGAAGCACAAGAUUAAUCUUGUCAGCUGCAAUUCAUCUUGAACAUGUUCAUAUUUAGUACUCAAAAUAAUUGUAAGCUCCUCCCAAUACAGGAAAUAUUUUUAAGGAAGCAUAUGUAUUUCUUAUUUCCUAAAAACAAUUGUCAUUUUUCUCCUUUCAUAAAAUGUGUAUGAACCAAAGUGGCUAGGAGCAAUGCCUCAAAAAACCAGAAAUGACCUUUUGUUGAUACAAAUUGUAUCUCUUUUUUUUCCUGACUGUAUAGAAACAAAUGUACAAAACUCAUCUUAAACUAGGUUUGGUACUGAAUUUUCACCGUGAUAUCUGUGGCACUGUGUGUCACAGGGAAGUAACCCAGGGGUCGUGAGGGAGCUUUUAUUUCCAAAGGGCAGUAGUAGUUUAUAGACAAAGACAAUUUUUCAAGGCCUCUUUAUUAUUAGGUGCACAGCUAUUGUGUGUCCAAUUUCAAGCAUUAUAUUGCAUAAGUUCUCUUUAGGCUAUUUAAUGUGUCCUUGAAAAGGGAAUUUUGUGUAAAAAGUGUCAAUGUUAGUGAAUCAUCUGCAAGAAUCUAUAAUGGAGCUGUACAACUAUGAAUGCGCAAAUCCAAGCUUGGCUCUUAGUUAAAUUAUAGUAGAGUGACAUUUUCUUUAUAUUGGAGGUCUGCAUACUUCUUGACAUUUCCAUUUCUGUCUAUAAUUAUAAAAACAGCAAAUAACAAAGAGCAUUGGGACCCCCUCGGCUCCCUUGAUGAUAACAGCCUCUUUCAUGGGGCUAAGCAUGUGUCCUUCAGGAUACUUACCUCCAAGCACUUAGCAGGGGUUACUGCACAGUGUUUUGUGUGAUUUUCAAGAAACAGUAUAUUUUGCAAGAGGUGCUUUGUAAUUUAAAUUCUCUCACUGAUUUUUCUGACCUCAUAGCAAGUCUGUGCCUGUUCAGGCCUUAGAUUUUUGUAGAUUCUGUGACUUUUUUUUUUUCCUUUUGUGACUUUGUUGUUGUUUUCAUUUUGACCUUAGGACAAAUGUGACCCUGGAGUAGCAUGGUCAAUUCAGGGUACCCUUUCUAUAAGACAGCUCAAAGAGUAGGAAGGAGCCUUUUCAAAUGUAACACUGAACCAUUGCACUCUCUUAAGGUGCCAGGUAUAGAAGGGAGAAUGAUAGAUAUGACAGAUGCCUUAUGGAAAUGGUCUACAAAACUUUUCUUCUUCGAAAUAAUGAAACACACAGCAUGGUUUUCUCCCCUCCCUCUUUCUUCCUACCCCCUGCUAGUUUUUAGGAGAAUACUUCUCUAAAAUUCAUUUUUUCUAUUUUGGAAUAAAUCAUCUUUAUAUAGGAAUUCAAUCAUUGAUGUCCAUUAACCUUUGUCACUGAGUUUUCUUCUAACACGGAAGAGUUCAUUUUGAGAGGCGCUCAGUUACCAUUCUAUCUAUGUUGUAAGUAUGGGACUUUGUACAAAAUGCCCUUUUUGAGGGCCAACAAUUUCAAUACACUUUGUUUUACUCUGUGAACCAGGUCUGGAUCUGCACAGGGAAAGUAAUGCCGAGCUGUCCAAAGAGCCCUGCUCAGGUCUCCUCCUAACCUUUUUCUGCCUUCCCCAAGUUUGCUUCUCCUCAGGUCUGAUACUGAGGAGUGCAUAGUCUUCAACUGAAAAGGCACUAGUUAGUUAUCAUUGGAAACCAAACCAGUACAUUUCUGGAACCUGCUUAUCUAAAGUAGUCAAUGCCUUUGUAAAGACUUAGCACAUUCAAUAUCUAUUGUAUUAUAGCUAGCUAUAUACAUAGGCAGAUUGACUAUUUUUAGUCCUGGUUUGUGUAUCAUUGAGCUAUAGUAGUUUGCUUUAUCCAUUUGUGGGAUUAAACAAUACUGUUUAAUGGUUGUAAACUUUUAUAAAACCUCUUUGGGUUUCUUGUUUGACCCAAACAUAAUGUAAGUCUCAAUGACAAAAUACACAGAGCCAACAAGAGGUGAGUGAAAUAUAUCCCUUCCCCAGUUUUGUCUGCCCCUAUAAUGCAUGUGCAGUGCUUCAUAAUAUGUUCUCAUUAGCAUGAAUAUGCUAUGACUAUUUCAUAAGGUUUCAAUUUGUUUCACCUAUAAUUGUGAUGGAAAAUGCUAUAUUGUUGACAACAAUGAACUGUAACCACUCUUAUUUAUUGCAUAAACUAUUUGUCUAUUAAUCA